AUGACGGGAAGCCCAGAGCACUACCAGACGAACGUCCGCGCUCCUUCAGAACUUCUCCCACAUCUUCCUAUGUCAACCCACGCUACAUUCGGCGACGAAUCAUCACCCCGGAGCAUCAACGGUGAUCACACGAACGGCCACUCAGCCACUCUAGCAAAACCGAACGGUAUAACGAAACCCCUAGUCGAUGCACAAGGACGAACACUCAACCCGCGAUCAUGCGUGACGUGCAGAAAGCGAAAAGUGAAAUGCGACAAGCUGAACCCAUGCUCGAAUUGCAACCGAGCACAUAUCGAAUGUAUCUUCCCUGCACCAGGCAGAGCACCGCGGAAGAUGCGAAAGCCUGGCGAAGGACGGGACAAAGAAUUGUUGGACAGACUACGAAGAUUAGAGGGAGUCGUAAAAGGUCUGGGCGUCGACCCAGAGGCAGGCGAAGGCAGCAGUAAAGAAAUCGAGAGCUCGACGCCCGAAAGACAAAAAGACGUCAUCCUCAGCGAAAACCACAGUCCCGAUCCCUCGCGUUCCCACGGCGACGACAUAUCCACCACCACCGCAGCAAACCAGCCAAGUGCUGCCGAGAGGAACUUCACGGACAAGACCCGGUAUAUAGAAGAACACCAACAAUCGCGCUUCGAAAACCGCUUCGGCCGGCUCGUUAUAAACGAGGGCAAAAGCCGCUAUAUCAACAACUCCUUUUGGGCCAACCUCAGUAAUGAAGUUGAAGACUUGAAGGGAAUCCUCAACCAAUCUUCCGACGAAGACGACGAUGCUGACCCCGGCACUAAUCCCAUGAUCACGAACCAUCAAGGCUGGACAUUCGGGUUCAGUAGUCAGAGCGUGGAUAUGCUUGCUUUACAUCCUAUCCCGAGUCUGAUAGGGGUCUACUGGGAAGUUUUCAAAGAUCGAGUGGAUCCGUUGGUCAAGGUGUUGCAUCUACCUACUGUGGAGGCCACGGUAUUACAGGCUGCGUCGCACCUUGGUAACCUCUCUCGGGGUUUCGAGGCGUUGUUAUUCGCGAUCUAUUAUGGUGCUGUUACUGCCCUCUCGGCACCGGAUUGUCUGGCUAGAUUCCAAGAGGAGAAGAGUGUCCUUCUUUCGCGGUACCGAUUUGCUGUCGAGCAGGCUCUUGCCAGGGCGAGUUUCUUGACGACAGAGGAGGCGGUUGUGUUGCAGGGGUUUGUGAUUUUCUUGAUUUGUCUGCGGAGGAAUCACGACGCGAGGGUUAUUUGGACGUUGACGGGCUUGGUAGUAAGAAUUGCACAGACGAUUGGGAUUCAUCGGGAUGGAUCGCAUUUUGGCUUGUCACCUUUCGAGGUCGAGAUGAGGCGGAGAUUGUGGUGGCAGGUGUGCAUUCUGGAUAUUCGAGCGAGUGAAGAUCAUGGUUGUGAUCCGACGAUUGUGGAGCAGGCGUUCGAUACGAAGAUGCCGCUUAAUAUCAACGACAGCGAUAUCAGUCCCGACAGCAAGGAGUUCCCGGCUGAGAGACAAGGAUGUACGGAUAUGUCGUUUUGUCUCAUCCGUUUCGAGGUGGCGAACACUUUCCGCCGCAUCAACUAUGUCCCUCCCGGCGCUAUGAGGCCUUCUUCGGAUAAGGGUGGGGUGGAGGGAGGGAUCACGUUGCAGGAUAAGGAGAAGUGGAUUACGCAGUGUCACCAGAAAUUGGAGGAACGGUAUCUGGCGCAUUGCGAUAUGAGUGUGCCGCUUUUUUGGGUUACGGCUACGGUGGCUAGGUUGAUGAUGUCGAAGAUGUGGCUUAUGGUGUAUCAUCCUUUUCAACGACAGGAUGGUGGAGCUAGUUUGCCGAGCGAGACGAGGGAUAAGCUGUUCAUUACCAGCCUGGAGAACAUCGAGUAUGCGCUUUUACUGGAGACGGAGGCGAGGACGAUGAAGUGGGGGUGGUUGUUUCGCACGUAUAUGCAGUGGCAUGCGCUGGCUUUCAUGCUGAGUGAAUUGUGUCAUCGCAGUACUGGAGACUUGGUAGAAAGGGCGUGGGUGGCGGUGGAGAAGACGAGGGACUGUCGCUGGGGACGAGCGCUGGACGAGGACGUCAGAGCUGGUCACCUGUGGAGACCGUUGAAGAAGCUUUAUCGCAAAGCCAAGGAAGCACGACGAGCUGGGAUAGCGGAAGAGAUGCUGCGGCAGCAGAAUGGUGGUAGUGGUGGGCCGCAGGUUGCUAGGACGUAUAGUCCAAACACGAACCCGAUGUUUGGCGGCCAUCCGAAACGACCGACUGUUACGAGGGCGCCGUUGAGCAAUGCGCAGGUGCAGAGGUUUGUGCAGGGGCCUGUGUAUGGGGAGGUGCCGCUGGAUAAGCAUGAGAUGCUGAAGUCACCUAGACUUUCUGAAACGGUGGGAGGUAGUGAGGUUGAUCCGAUGGAUAUGAUGGGUAUUUCCAACGAUCUUGGUCAGCCGGGUAUGGGCCAGCAGAGUGGAUCGUAUGGUGUGGCUGGUUAUGGUAUGCCGAGACAGAACAUACCUGCACCUACGACAAUGAGGGACAACAAUGCCUUGAAUGGCCUACCGCCUUUCGCGAACAAUUUUGUAAACACGACUGCGAAUAUGGACUACAACUUCCCGCUCCAAGCCAACACCAAGCCGCUCACACAACCGCAGAUGACUUCUGCUAUGGACCUCACCAACCCAUCUGCACCAAUCAAUAUGCUCCGAAUGGACAGUCUGGACUCCAAUAACACGAACAACGGCUACGAUCCCACCCUUGACGCAAGCAUGCUAGACGCGUCAGGGGAAGUGAACUGGGAGAACUGGGAUGAAUUGGUCAGGCAGUUUGGGAUGGAUGUCGAUACGACUUUCGAUCGACGACCUGGUGACCUUGGAGGUGAUGGGUUGGGUGAUGGGGCUAGACAAUGGAAUAUGGCGCCGGGCGUAGGGGUGAAUGGGGGGAUGGGAAUGGGUGGUGGGCAGAUCAAUCCUGUGCAGGGGAAUUUGAGGAUGGCUACGGGGAUGGGGAUGGGUGGUGGAGGGUGGUUUUGA